AAGGAUCACUGUUUCGCCUUUGAUUGUCUCGUUACCAGCUCACUGGGUGGAGUACUUGCAUUUGUCUGCCUCCUUUUCUGCCCUGGUGGUGGCUGAGCCGCUGGUUGGAGUGAUGGAAGAAGGCUUCGAUUAUUUGUUGGAAAAUGUAACCCUAUUCCGCAGCUUCUGUAUGCCUAUCCCCUAAAGAUUUAACCAACCAAAGAGAAAUAUUCAAGCUUUAGUUACCUCGGUGUCAGCUUACGUUACGACGCUGAGCACCUGCGGCUGCCUGCCCCCUCUUUCUUUUCUCUUCUCUUAUUUUCUUUUCCUGAUAGUAGCUGAGCCUCCAGUAUGUAGUAGUGAUUGGCCACGGCGCGCAUCUUUGAUUAGAAGAAUAUCGUUUUCCCGUCUCUGCGUGCCCAGUCCUUAAGGAGUUUACCAACUGAAGACGAGUAUAGAGAAUUGCCUUGGAGCUAUUAACAAGUGGUCUGAGGACACGAGGUAACGGUAUAUCGGUAUGCACGCACUCCGCCCCAUUGGCCCAGACAUAGCCCGGACAUCAUGAGAGCAAAAAAGUCACUGGUAGCCUCGCAAAAAGUACAAAUAUCUCCAACACCAGGCUCGAUUGACAGACUUGAAUUUAUGCCCAAACACAAAAUUCAAUUCCAAUGCCGAGCGCCCAAGUAUGAGGGUGAACAUCGUCCCAGAGCAGACUUUUCUGCCGUUGCAGUCAGUGACGCUCGGCCGGUUGACCACUAGUUAUGAGCACCCGCAUCAGAAUUACCAUGAUCCUCCUGCUAGCCAACCCAAUAUCCUACUUUCGGACCGCAGCACGUAUGCCGGCGAGCACCUUAUAGGCAGCGGUUCUAACUUCGGAUCGACUCUUACAUCUUUGAUAUCUGCUCGUUUUUCAAAGCAAACUAAAUCAAAGAUCCGUGUUACCGCGGACCAUGUCAAGACGUAUACCCUUGACAAUUCUGACAGUUGGUUUGAGGAAGCAACGCACUUACCGGCCACUCAAUCUUGGGUUGAGCGAGCGAUCGACCGAGGUUACGACAUCUAUAUGAUUGUUGGUUAUCAUACCAUCACGAAUGCCAGACUCAGUCAAGAAUCGGUCGCCGAGAAAAGUGUCGGCGCUCAUAUCGAGCUUCCAGUCAGCUUGUCCCUUGCCGCUACUGGAGUCGUUGUGCCGAUCGGAGACAUAAUUGACCCUAUCGCAACCCUUCAUCAGCAGGGUUUGGAUAGAGCGCAGUCGCAGUUUGUGACCUCCGGCGAGCAGGUUUGCGCAAUCGAAUACCGCAAAGUACGCUACCAAUGGCUCUCGAGCAAGCGUAUCGAAAAGUCCCGAUUGUCGAAUGUACGUCAGUGGCCAUCAAGGGAGAGAGCAAGGGAUGAGGAGGACGGAGAAGACGACAUCAUCGAUGUAGACUUAACGGAGGUGCAGGACCUGGAUGGGGACUGGGAUACAGAAACCGUGGAUAACAAAAUCCUGUUUAUACGUUCAUUUGACAAGUAAGGUCUACGAACGCCUGUUUCUAGUAGACUCGAUGGGCAUUGAUUCAAUAGCCUAACUAAGCAAAAUAACUUGCGCGUAUGGAAUUGUCUGCCUUAGCUGUACAUGGACUCGGGAGUUGCUCGUAUAAAAGCUCGAGCUGGUCCCAUACAUUUGCUACAUAUCUCGUGAUUGCUGAAACUUGAUUUCGACGUCGGAUUCCCAGUCGACUUAGGGCGUAUAUUAGGUACCUAAUAACUGUAGGUCUCGAAAAUUUGAAAUGGAGGGUGGAGGCAUAAGGGAACGGGGUGACUAUAUCAUCGCUCAAACUCAAAAACUCCGAGGGAUGGUUACCCUGUAAGACUGUAAGGGGCUGUGGCUGUAGCUGAGGCAGAUAGGAGGCUAUGCGGUGUGGCGGUGCGGGAUGCAGCCAAUCAAAUGUAUAGGUAGAUACUGUGG